GGUAGAAUCUCUACUCGCGACCGGCAACCGGCGUUCACUGAACGCAGGAGCCGGAGGCUGCGAACGCAAAAUCGCGAUAACAACAUUGAAGUUGUUGAGGAGAGCAGAUAGCGGCGGAUCAAAACAUGCCCCGGAAGCCUUGGCGACGUCCUUGAAAGCGAAACGAUGAGCGACGGUGAGCGAUAACACGGGCAGACGAGACCGAGACGGGAUCACAUCGAGGCAGUCUUGCCACGCAGAACUCUCGUUUAUGCUGUACUCGAUUUCUGAAGUCUCAAAAAAUGUCGCACCAACCUAUCGACACCAAUGCUAUGACUCUGACGCGAUUUGUGCUGGCUGAACAGAAGAAAGUGCCCCAUGCCACCGGAGAUUUGACCCAACUUAUUAUCAGCCUGCAGGGUGCGAUCAAGGCUGUGGCAGCCGCCGUACGGAGAGCGGGCAUCGCACAGCUGUACGGUUUUGCUGGCAAUACCAACGUGCAAGGAGAGGAACAGAAGACAUUAGACGUAUUGAGCAAUGACUUAUUCAUCAAUACCCUCAAGUCAUCCUAUACCACUUGUCUCUUGGUAUCUGAGGAAAACGAUACUGAGGUACAGGUGGAGACAGAGAAACAGGGAAAGUACAUUGUAUGCUUUGACCCCCUCGAUGGCUCUUCCAACAUUGACUGUCUGGGCUCCAUUGGAUCCAUCUUUGCCAUCUUCCGCAGGACAAGUUCAGGGCAACCAUCUGCGAAGGAUGCAUUGCAGACCGGUCGCCAUGUCGUCUGUGCCGGUUAUGCAUUGUAUGGGAGCGCGACAAUGGUUGUCAUAAGCUUGGGCGAGGGAGUCAAUGGGUUCAUGCUCGACCCGUCGAUUGGAGAGUUCAUCCUGACUGACCCAAACAUGAGGAUCAAACCACGGGGCAAGAUCUACAGCGUCAACGAGGGCUAUGUUUCAAUGUGGGAUGAAGCAAUCAAAGAAUAUGUGGAAAGCAAGAAGUUUCCAAAGAGUGGCAAGCCCUAUGGAGCACGUUACAUUGGGUCCAUGGUUGCAGACGUGCACCGGACCUUGAAGUACGGUGGAAUUUUUAUGUACCCUGCGACGAAGGAGUCUCCAAAAGGAAAGCUGCGCCUUCUGUACGAGUGCAUACCCAUGGCUUUCAUAAUUGAACGUGCUGGUGGAAAGGCCUCCAAUGGCAAGAUACCCAUCCUGGAUGUCCAGCCGGAGUCCCUCCACUGCCGCACUCCAGUGUUCCUCGGUUCCUCAGAAGAUGUUGAUGAAGUUCUUCAGCUCUACAAAAAGCAUGGUUUGGCAUGAGAGGGCUCCGGAGUGAGAUGCCCUCUCUGUGCUCCUUGCAAUUUGACCUAUGCGCAUGUAGUUUUCUAAAGCAUUCCCUGUAUAUGCUCACAGCUCUGAGGAAGUUGUGUGCCAAUACAAUAUUUUUACAAAUUGUUUUGGACAACAAAA